CGGGUUGUCGGCCUGCCCUGGCCGGCCUGUCCGCUCCCAGCCCCGCCUCCCUUCGUUGGUGCAUCCAGAAGUUUGCGAGGUUGAGACCCAAGAGAAAGGAUGCCGAGCUCUGAGAGAAGGCGAGGGUUUUACAAAAGGCGGCGAAUGGGACACACCUAGUAGGAGGGAAGGGGCUGUGGCGGCGGCGACCUCCGCCACAGACUCCUGCAGGAGCCAAUCAGGAGACGCAGGAGCGGACGGGGCGGGGCUUGGAGCUGCUCACCUGGCCCCGCACGUGUCCAGCUCAUCCCCCCCGUUGCCCAGCCAAUUACGGCCCGGGACGAUGGUCCAAUCCAAAGCCGCGAUCCCAGGAAGCAGGCCUGGUCUCAUGAAUAAUUAAUGUUUCGGAGCCCGUCUGCGGGCGGGGUAAGGAUGGAGGGAGGCGGGGGUGCAGCUCAGAGCUUGCGCAGUAGCUGCUCGUGUCGGCAGCUGCAGCGGGUCGCACAGCUCUGGCCCUUCUCGGGGGGCGGGCGGGGGAGGCGAGGUGCGUGAGCAGGGCUCAGGGCACAAUGUCCGACGCGGGCGGCGGAAAGAAGCCGCCUGUGGAGCCGCAGGCUGGACCAGGCCCGGGGCCGGGGCGCGCAGCUGGAGAAAGGGGCCUGCCGGGCUCCUUUCCCCUGGUCCUGAAGAAACUGAUGGAGAACCCCCCGCGUGAGGCGCGCCUGGAUUUUGUGUCUGCAGAUAAAGAAAAGGGGAAGGAAAAACUGGAGGAGGAUGAGGCAGCAGCUGCCAGCACCAUGGCCGUCUCAGCCUCCCUCAUGCCACCCAUCUGGGACAAGACCAUCCCGUAUGACGGCGAGUCUUUCCACCUGGAGUACAUGGACCUGGACGAGUUCUUGCUAGAGAAUGGCAUCCCUGCCAGCCCCACCCACCUGGCGCAGAACCUGCUGCUGCCUGUGGCAGAGCUAGAAGCAAAGGAGUCUGCCAGUUCUUCCACAGCAUCCCCCCCAUCCUCCUCCACUACCAUCUUUCAGCCCUCUGAAACCGUGUCCAGCACAGAAUCUUCCCUGGAAAAAGAAAGGGAGACUCCCAGUCCCAUUGACCCCAACUGUGUGGAGGUGGAUGUGAACUUCAAUCCUGACCCUGCUGACCUGGUUCUCUCCAGUGUGCCAGGUGGGGAGCUUUUCAACCCUCGGAAGCACAAGUUUGCAGAGGAGGACCUGAAGCCCCAGCCCAUGAUCAAAAAGGCCAAGAAGGUCUUUGUUCCUGAUGAGCAGAAGGAUGAAAAGUACUGGACAAGACGCAAGAAGAACAAUGUGGCAGCUAAAAGGUCACGGGAUGCCCGGCGCCUAAAAGAAAAUCAGAUCACCAUCCGGGCAGCCUUCUUAGAGAAAGAGAACACAGCCCUGCGGACGGAGGUGGCCGAGCUACGCAAGGAGGUGGGCAAGUGCAAGACCAUUGUGUCCAAGUAUGAAACCAAGUACGGACCCUUGUAACCCGUGCCCAACGCCCAGGCGGGGUGCUGCUUGCACCUCAGACCUCUGCCUGGGGGCUCCCUGAAACCCCUCACACACGUGGAGACUUAUGACUCGUCAUGGGCGUGUGGCAGCACACGUGCUGCAGGAGCGUCCUGUCUCAGCUUCAUUAUCACACAGCCAGUGCACGUGGCAGCUGCCCUGGGGGCGCCAGCCUCCUCACUGGUGGGGAGCAUGAGAGAAUCUACGCAGACAGAUGAAUCGGCCUUAGUUUCUAUUCUGGGAUGUCCUGGUUGAAUCGGAAUGGGACCUCUGGAGUUCAGAUCUCUCCUUUCACAGGGCACUCAGGCUUCUCUUGACACUCCCUCAGUCUCCAGCGUGGGCUGCCAAGGGCUGUCUCUGAAGAGUGAGUCACGAUUGUUGUCACCCUUAUGUCUUCUCAGGUAGCAGGGUGUAUUUCCACUUCGGGUGAGUCUAUCAUGCACCUCAUCCUCUCCAGAAAGUCUUUGAGGGAAACAUCUGUUCCCAUCUUCCUUGGAGUUAGGACAAACCAAAUCCUCCAUUAGUGUCUGCAUGGGUGGCAGGCCACAGGAGUCCGGUAUCUGCACAGCCUGGGUGGGGUUUGCAUCUGGAGCCUGUAGCGGGAGUUUACCCAACUGUUCUUAGCCCCAUCCCACUAUUCCAUGGUGGCUCUGAGAUCUGGAUGCCAGGGAGGAGGCCCUGGUGAUUGGCGCUCUCUGCAUUUCAUGGGCAUGGAGGAGAGACUACAGGGCAGCUGGUCUCAAGCCCUGGCUGCCAGCACAGAGAGAGGCCCUUUUACCUCCUCUCCAGGCCACCUGUGGAGGCCGCCAGACUCUCUUUUUGUCCCACUAGACUGGGCCUCUGGGGUCUGCUGUUUCUUUUACCUAGUAAUCAAUCUCAGAUCAUAGAUUUAACAUGAAAACCCCCCUUAUCUAGGAAGCUUUAACUUCCUGGACCCCAGGAUGCAGCUUCCUCAUGGUAUUUAGAAAACUGGCCUCCACAGCCCCCUUACACUGUGGGCAUGAGAGCUGGUGCAUGUUUCUUGAGAAACUCCUGUUUUUUCUUGUCCUAUUCACCAAUGUGGCCCAGGCCAGAUUCCACUCUCCCCUGGGGCAGAGAGGGCAUCCUAGUUCUGUGCACCCCUUAUGGGAAUAGCAGGCUCUUGGGACAUUUACACAGAGUCCCAUUGAUCUUGGUCCCAGGAGAUGGGGCCACCCACACGAGCCUGGCCAUGGUGGAAGGAUUCUCACAGCCGUGGCUUCCUCUGCCUCACAGCUACUCCUAUCUCCUGUGUUUGGCUGGACUCGUCGUUUUGCUUUGCCCAGAAGAUUAACUGAGGAAAUUUGUGGAAGCCUCUGCUCAUUUGGGUCAGUUGGAGCACCCUCAAGAUGGGUGUGUUUAUUUGCUUAGGGCGGGCAGCCUACAGUGAAGAGGAGACAGAGGUGACGGGCAUGCUUUGUCGUAUAUAACACUGGCUUUAUUUAAAGUGGUGGCUCAGAGUCCCAGGCCGAAUGUGUAAAGACUUUUCAUAACAGAUGUUAAGACCAGGCCGUGGGCUGCACCCCCAGGGAAUGCCAUAGCCUUCUGGGGGCUUGCACACGUACCUUCCUGGGGAACUUAAUAAGGGUCCCUGAGGCCAAGGGAGGUCACCCCUCCCUCCAGGCCCCUGACUUUUACUUUGUGGUUCUAUAAAAACUAUGUACACACUUUUCACUCUGUUGUAACCACACAGGGCAGGUGCAUCCAGCAUGUCAGCGUCCUGCCCAGGGCAGCUUGCCCUCCCGGGGACUCUCCCUCUGGUCUGGCUACUCACCAAGAGGACAGUUGUCAGUAUAUUAUUGGUGGAAGAGCCUCAAGCUUAAAAGCUCUUCAUUUUCUUUGGCCAGAAGUGUAUGGUUUGUGCUUUUUUAUUUUGAUUUUUUUUUAAGGGUGGACAGUUACUCUCUGGAUGGUGUCCAUGUUCCAACCCCAGUGGGUGGGGUGACGGCUUGAUGUCUCUCCUCUUUGUUCCACCUACCUGUUCGGUGCCCUUCCCUUCUUCCCCCCCGGCAGUGGGUGUCGGGCCCCUUCCUAAAGUGCUUACUUGGAAAGAGUGUGGCUUCUGGACUCUUUUAGAAGAGCCCUUUUGAGUCAGGAGCCUGGCAAGGACAGAACAGAGGAUGUCCACAGAGGUUGACAUUUUAGGGAAGAGAAGUGCUCAGGGAAGGUCAUCUCCUCCCCUGGCCUAAGAAUUGAGUCCUUGCAGGGGGAAAGGGUCGGUGCCUGCUCAGUUUUCCAUCAGGGAAAUGAGAGUCUCCCUCACCGUCCAUGGUUCCUCUCCAUCUUGGGGCUGACAACUGAAGACAGAGACUCCUGUACCCAGAUCUUGACACCUAAAAAGCACUGGAGGCUAGAGAAGCUGACUUAACUUUGGGUUUCCAUGGGUUCACGAUGGACUUGGAGGUGCCAUCCACUUCCUAAGUGUCCUGUCUGCAGCUUUGUGGCAGCCUUGCUGUAACCUCAGAACAGACAAAUCAUAAAUGAGCUGGAACACUGCAAGAAUAUACAUAUUAUAAAUGUAUAUAUGGCUAGGAGUACAUGUACGUUUCAAGAGGGAGAGAGCUUUUAGUAAGACAGCCUUCAACUCUGAAGGCCCUGGGUAGCUUAGCCUUGGUGGACAGAAGGGGUUUGUCUGUCUGGCUCCUGAGGUUGGAGUGAACCUUAACAGUGAACCUUAACUCUGGGUACAUGUCACCUGCUGAGAGGGCUGCUUGUGGUCCUGGGCAGGCAGCUUCUAUAGUCCUCUGGCCUGAGGCAGGGUGUCCAGUGUGAGAGCCAGUGGAGGAAGGCCCCUGUGUGCCGGGCAGCUCUCACUCUGCUCCCUGUAACACAAAGGGCCAAGGAGCUUCUGGUUCUCACAGCAAAGCUCCGCCCCAGAGCUCCCUUUAACAUCUGCUAAUUAAGUGCAAUAAAUUUUUCUAGAAAAUGGCAAAGAUGACUUCCAGGUGGAUAUUGCUAUCUUUUGGUGUUUGGGAUACCAGAACACCACUUGGUUUUAUUUUUCUAAGUGCAUGUGACAUGGUAAGAGUGUGUGGGGCUCCGUGUCCUCCCCUGGGAGCUGGCAUUCCAGUGGGCCCCUCUCCUUUACCCUUAUUGGGGGAAGGAGACAAAAGAAAAAUCCCUUCUUCCCAGCUGGAGAGGGCGGAAGCAGACCGCAGCCCAUUGGCCUUAUGUGCGUGUGUGCGUGCGAGUGUGUCAUUGCUGGUGGGCCAGAGCGACAUGGUGGGGAGGGAAGCCGGGAAUGUGUCCUUUUCAAAUAAAAUUAAAUAUUUUCAGAUGAGAA